UGAGAUCAGGGGUUUUGAGAGAGCGACAGCGAACCCAGCUCCUACGAAACUCCCUCCCACACGUACGUACGUACAGACAGACAGACAGACACAGACCACACACAUGUAGCAGAGCUGUGCCGUGAUCACGCUGAAAGGAUGAAUGGUUGAGUCUGAGAACCAGUUACUACCUGGAUCGGCGGCUGACAGAAUUAGGUCAAUGACAUGUUUAUGGGGUUUAUUGGGUGAAACUUGACCGACCUCGUCACUUCAGGCGUGCCGACCUGUCGAGGGUUGAUGGGUGAUCUUAUUCGGUAGGUUCCCGUCAAACCUGAAGAGCACAGAACCCAGAGAGACCAGAGUCUACCCUAUGGCUGAGAGAACACCCCUCCAACCUCCAACUCCCCAGCCUUACCAGGACCCAUGCCUCCAGCAUCACUCCCACCACUUCCACCCCAGUAUCGGGAGCCCCAGUCUGGACCAGACAUCUUACCACCACCCUCUGGAGCUCCAGAUUCCCCUGGAGCAAUAUGGGGGAACUGGAAUAGAGGCAGCACCCAGGACCCCUCUACCCGAUUCAAGCCCCUAUUAUGGGGGGAGCAGAGACAGCUACAGUGGUGGGGGGGGUGGAAGAGGAGGUUAUGUAGACAUUCCUGGACAUAGCAGAGGUGAUAACUGUAGUGAUGUUGAUGGUAGAGAUGGUUGUUUUGUAGCGCGGAAAGCUAGCUACAGUAAUAGGGGGGUUGCGGAUGAUGUUGUAGGUCAAGGGGAUGAUUUCGGCAGCCAUUUUGAAAGUCAGAGCCUUGCCUAUGCUAGCCAGAGGGAUGAGGGCUGUGAUGGGGAUGACAGCAGCGCCAGCGGUAUUGGUGUUGACAGAAUAGAUGAUGAGGGCUGUAUAAAGGAUGAUGUCUUUUACAGAACGGAUGAAGGCUGUAACAGCAGUAGGGAUGAUGUUUUCUACAGCAACAGUAGAGAUUAUGGGUGUGAGGAGAAAACGGACGAGGGGUCUAACACUAGGGAUAAGGUCUUUUACAGAAUGGAUGAAGUCUGUCGUAACAGGGAUGACGUGUUCUACAGCAGAGAUUAUGUGUGUGAAGAGAGGCGAGAUGGCAACAGUGGUUAUAGAGACACCACUACCGGUAGCCAUGAUGGUGGAAACAACAGAGUUGAUCAUCUCUAUAAUGGUAGCGAUAUCUUUGACGAUAAAGGAAAGAGGGAUAGUUUGAGAAGGGUUGAUGAUUUUGGGGAUAAAAGGUCCAACCUGGAUCCUCCAGAGGCCCAGUUCAAGCCUGGGUUUUGGGUGAGUCCCUCUCCCACAGAUCAGUGUUCUGUGGCUUGGGAAGGCAGUGAGAAGGGUGGGGGGUACCCCAAGGAUUGGGCAUCUCUGUACUCCUAUUCCCAGGCAGCAAGUGGCCCUAGCGGUGGUGGCGUUGAGGUGUACCGGCAAAAACUGGACUCGUUUUCAGAGGCGUUCUUCGUCAGACGCAACGUCGCCGGCAACAGAAUUCCGAAUGGGAAUUCCGGAAGUGGAGUUUUAGGAUUCGAAGCGGGAGGAGGAAGCACAGGAUGGAUCAAAGCGAGUGCUUACAAUUCACUCACAGACUCUUCCACUCUCCCUCAUCAUCCUCACCCCUCCCCCCUGCUCCUUAGCCCUCCUCCCUCCCCUCUCCCCACUCCCAAACUCACCAUGACCCCUUCUCUCGGGACAGUUGAACUAACCCAGACCCCAGGGGAGGAUUGUAGUGGAACAGUCCAGUUUUACCCCUCCUCUCACCAUCCACUCCACACUACCCACCCAUCCACCGUCAUGUGGAAGCUCCCACCCUGUCAUUGGCUGCAGCAGUCAGGUGACGUGGGUGUCGUCGAUGGCAACCCCUCAAGCGCUGGCCACGUCUACUGCCAGGAGGCAGUGUUGACUCAGAGACAUGUUCACCAGGACAAUGAGAAGAAUACAGGUCACUAUAGUUUUCAAACUCCGGUACAAUCAAACGUCGUCUCUGCCUCACCCCUUCACCUAUCCUCUCUUCCCUCCCAGCCCCCCAGUGGACUGCCACAGCAUGGAGCAGCACCCCUAGUGGUGUUUAGAGGUAUUCCCUUCCUUAGUCCGCUCCAGUCUCGUAGAGGAGGAGGGCAGAGGGGAGUGGAGCGGAUUGGGAGAGGGCUCCACUACACCCCUCGACCUAUGCUGAAUCCCCAACGCAGGGGAACGGGGCUCCUCUCCUCCCUCAUCCCACCUUCAGCUGGGGAACGAGGGAUGGGAAGGAUGACUAAAGAGGAGAAGGGAUAUUUUUUACUUCCGUGUAUCAACGUGGGUCGAGGGUUCCAGGCUGAGCUGCCAUGUUGUCGAGAGAGGGAGGAGGGUUCAGGGGCGUGGCCAGAAGAAUCACCAUCCAAUGAAAAGUUGCUCUGGAAACCGUGGGAGGAGCUUCAGAGGAGUUCUGUAAUUCAGGAAGAAGUGGAGGCGGUGUUGUCGUUGUGUAAUUCUAGCUGUCUACCAGGAGGGGGCAGCAACACAGAACUGGCUCUACACUGUCUCUACCUCUGUCAUGGAGAUGCACUGGCCACGUUGGAGAGAUUAUUCUUCUCGAACCCAUCAACAGCAGUAGACUACCAUUACGCUGGUAGUGAUGUGUGGCAGCAGCCUGAGAGGUCUCUGUUCAGUAAAGCAUUGACGACCCACGGCAAAGACUUCUCUCUCAUCCAACAAAUGGUGCAGACUAAGUGUGUGUCUCAGUGUGUGGAGUUCUACUAUCUCUCCAGGAAACUUCCUGACAAACAGAGAAAACAGAGGGAGCAGACGAGUGUGGUGUCCCUCCCUAAACCUAUGGAACAGGUGGUACCAGCCCCGUCAUUGGCUACCAGCUUCCCCUGUAAGCAGUGUGGAAAGAUGUUCUAUAAGAUAAAGAGUCGUAACGCCCAUAUGAAGAUCCAUAGGCAGCAGCAGGAUGACUGGAGACACCCCCCAGGCCUCGUCAUCAACCUAGCCCAGAACGUCACCCCCAACCUGGGAACCAAUCUACCCCAGCUCCAGGCUUCAGGUCGGGCCUACCUCCCAGGUCCCAUCAACAACAACAACAGCAACCACCACACUGGUGGCGCUCACACCACCAUCAUCAUCAACGACAACAUCAGUGAUCCAAACAUUCCAAACACCAAUUCCAUGACCAAUAGCAACAGUGUCAGUGUCAUCGACCGCACCCCUAAUCAGAGAGGACACGCCCCCCUCCUCUCUGUCCAGCAAUCGUGGGACUUGUUUCAGUUUAACUCUAAUCCUGCUGCAGGGUUCUACUAUGACCCGGAAGUGAAAGGAGCCCAGGGGGUCACGGUGGGAGGGGUGAAAGGUCAAGUCCUCUGGCAGUAGAGUUCUGGAAUCAGGAUGAAUAGAACUGACAUGUAUAGGACUACAUUCACAUUUUGCACCAUGAAAAGCAUUUAAAAUAUAUAAAUAUAGUGAGAAAUCUGUAAAUGAUGUUUAAUACCUAUUUAAAUGUUUUGAAUUUCAAUUUUUAUUAAAAUUGUUUUUUUGUAUCUCUCUUGAUCCACCUUUUACUUUCCCGCUCAAAAACAGACAUCCAUCUAACCAACCAACCAACCCGUUCUCCAUCCUGACAUCCAUCUAACCAACCCGUUCUCCAUCCUGUGCCUAAAUGGGAACAUAUAGACAUACAGUACCAGUCGAUAGUUUGCACACACUUGUCAUUCUCUCAACCAGCUUCAUGAGGUAGUCACCUGGAAUGCAUUUCAAAGAACAGGUGUGACUUGUCAAAAGUAAAUGUGUGGAAUUUCUUUCCUUCUUAAUGUGUUUGAGCCAAUCAGUUGUGUUGUGACUAGGUAGGGCUGGUAUACAGAAGAUAGCCCUAUUUGGUAAAAGACCAAGUCCAUAUUAUGGCAAGAACAGCUCAAAUAAGCAAAGAGAAAUGACUGUACAUCAUUACUGUAAGACAUGAAGGUUAGUCAAUUUGGAGAAUUUAAAGAUCUUAGAAAGUUUAUUCAAGUGCAGUCACAAAAACAGUCAAGCGCUAUGAUGAAACUGUCUCUCAUGAGGACCGCCACAGGAAAGGAAGACCCAGAGUUCCCUCUGUUGCAGAGGAGAAGUUCAUUAGAGUUAACUGUCUCUCAUGAGGACCGCCACAGGAAAGGAAGACCCAGAGUUCCCUCUGCUGCAGAGGAUACGUUCACUAGAGUUACCAGCCUCAGAUUGCAGCCCAAAUAAAUGCUUUACAGAGUUCAAGAAACAGACACAUCUGAACAUCAACUGUUCAGAGGAGACGGUGUGAAUCAGGCCUUCAUGGUCAAAUUGCUGCAAAGAAACCACUACUAAAGGACACCAAUAAGAAGAGACUUGUUUGGGCCAAGAAACACGAGCAAUGGACAUUAGACCGGUGGAAAUCUGCCCUUUGGUCUGAUGAGUCCAAAUGUUUUUGGUUCCAACCGCCGUGUCUUUGUGAGACGCUGAGUAGGUGAAUGGAUGAUCUCUGCAUGUGUGGUUCCCACCGUGAAGCAUGGAGGAGGAGAUGUGUGGGUGCUUUGCUGGUGACACUGAUUAAUUUAGAAUUCAAGGCAUACUUAACCAGCGUGGCUACCACAGCAUUCUGCAGCGAUACGCCAUCCCAUCUGGUUUGAGGUUAGUGGGAAUAUAAAUUGUUUUUCAACAGAACAAUGACCCAACACACCUCCAGGCUGUGUAAGGGCUUUAUGACCAAGAAUGAGAGUGGUGGAGUGCUGCAUCAGAUUCCCUGGCCUCCACAAUCCCCUGAUCUCAACCCACUUGAGAUGGUUUGGGAUGAGUUGGACUGCAGACGGAAGGAAAAGCAGCCAACAAGUGCUCAGCAUGUGCGGGAACUCCUUCAAAACUGUUGGAAAAGCAUUCCAGGUGAAGCUGGUUGAGAGAAUGCCAGGAGUGUGCAAAGCUGUCAUGAAGGCAAAGAGUGGCUAUUUGAAGAAUCUCAAGUAUAAAAUAUAAUUUUAAAUUUAACACUUUUUUUGGUUACUACAUGAAUCCAUAUAUGCUGUUUCGUAGUUGUCAUGUCUUCACUAUAAUGGAGAG